ACAGCCAAUAAAAUCAUGUUCUUGUUCUCAGAAGGCUACCAGCCCCUGGAGGUUCCGCAGUGGGCCCAAGCCUUUGUCCUUUUCAUUGGGGGCAUGGAAGUCGGCCUGUCUUACUUUCCCUUCUUUGCCUGCCUGUCCUCAGAGUUCCGGUUGGUCAGCUCCAUCCUGGGCUUCAGCUACUCCCUGAUCUGGUUUGUGGUUACCAUUCUUCAGAUCGCAGAGUGUCCCCAUGGCCAGUAUCUAGGGAGGUUCGAGACUCUCGUCUUCUACUGGCCCUCACUGCUGUGCCUGGGUUUCCUGCUUGGCCGCUUCCUAUACAUGUUUGUUAAGGCUCUGCCCAUUCGCCUGGUCCUGGAGCCGCAAACGAAAGAAAAGUCAUUGUUGGAGGCUCACCAGGCAAAGCAUGUGAAACGGCUCCUGAGCAAGCCCCGGCUGCAAGAAAGAGAAAAGUCUUGGUUCCAAACCAGAGUGUAUGAGUGGGACCCCUUCUUCCAGUUCCCCAGCAGGAUGAUCGGGACCCUCGUGCUGGCAUCCAUCUGCCUGUACCUUUUUAUUGUCAUCGAGUUCUGCGUGUUCCUACUUGUGAAGGACGAACUGGAUGUAUUUGAAGACAGACUGCAGAGCUAUCUCACCCAUAUGAAUGAGACAGAGACCUUGACCCCGGUCAUCCUUCAGGUGCAAGAACUGAUCAGUGUCACUAAAGGAGUCUGGGUGGUGGCCAUUCUGCCCGCCUCCCUCACGUGUGUCAGCUAUCUCUUCCACAUACUGGCCUGUUACAGAAAGCACAUGAAGAGGCUGUGGGCCGGAGACAAACACUUCCUCCCUCAGAAGUUCCAUCGUCCCUCCUCAGCAGCCAGUGUGGUGGCCAUUGCUAGGUACUCCGGCUGGCAAAUAGCUUACAUCCUCUGGGGCUACCUCAUCAUCCAUGUGGUACAGAGUCUCUGCGGUGUGAUGCUCAUGUACAGUCUGGUGCUGCCCAUCCUCCACCACCAAGGCCUGGAGAUGCUGCGAGGGCUGGCCGUUGGGGUCCUCACCCUCUCCAUAGUCGUGGGCCUCAUGAUCCUGCAGGUGUGGAUUGCUGGCAGUUUCUUCCUGCAGCCCAAGCUAGGCACGGCUGACACGCAGAAGCCCCUGGCUCUCAACAACAGGAGAGCAUUCCACAACUUCAACUACUUCCUGUUUUUCUACAAUGUGCUCCUGGGCCUGGGCGCCUGCCUCUCCAGGCUGCUCAUCAGCUGCCUCCUGGGCACCUGGCUGAUUGCCCGGAUUGACAGGACCAUCAUGCAGAGCGGCUAUGAGGGCGCAGACAUGGGCUUCAAUGCGUGGGUUGGCAUGCUCUUUGUGGACCACUAUCACACCAACCCUGUGCUGGUCAGCUUUUGCCACAUCCUGGUCACAAGCCACAGGGACCGGAAGCUGCAGAAGACCCUGAAAUACUGCUACCUGAACCAAUCAGCAGGUCCCCGAAUCUCAGCCAGGGCCCGAACGAGGUGGCUCCUGCUACAGACACUGAUCAACAACCCCAGGCUCGUCAUGCUUAGAAAAUCAAAAUCAGGACAUGGUUCCCAAGAGUUUGCCCAGAUUCUGCCGACCUGCUCCGAUUGCUGA